AUGGCUCCCGUGAUGCAUGUCCGCUUCCACGAUCGCCACGCCAUUCUCAAGGUCUACGAUCGUCGCUGCGGGACAGACUUUCGUGAAUAUUGGGACCAACAUAUCCCCUGUACCACCCAAGUCGAAGCCGCUUACCAGUCAUUCCUAAAGAAAGGCGCCAUGGGCCCUUUUCUCGAAGAGAUGGAUCGGGAUGAGGCCACUUCGGAAAUUCCUAGUACUCUAGCAGAGAUUCGGGAGGGGCCUGAUGGGAUCGUGAGGUUUGAAGCGGCGCUCUGGAGGAUCACUAAUCAGGACUUCAGAACCGAGGCUGAGGUCUACGAGCGCUUGAAAGACCUUGAAGGUGUUUCGAUUCCAAAGCUAUAUGCGUUGGUACGCGUCGUCGCACCAGGAGCUACUCCAGCGUCCCCUAAAGAAGAUUACCAAACUGUCUACGGAAUCCUCUUCGAACACAUCCAAGAAACUCGUCCUGCAACACAGGAAGAUUGGACAUCACUCAUUCAGCGAGCCAUUGACGCAACAUAUGAGGUCAACAAGCGCGGCAUCAUCCUAGACGACAGCUCACCUCGCAAUGUCGUUGUCAAAGCUUCUACAUAUCAGCCUUUCCUCGUUGACUUCGCGCAGUGCUUUUUCAAAGAUAAGUUAAUUCGGAAGUGGGUUAACUCUGGCGUUGCUGCAGAAGGACAAGGUUGGGAUGGUGACGCCAACUUCUGCGAGGCGGCAGACACGCUUGAUAACUCUGGCACGAUUGGACAAUCCAUGGUGAGAAGACUGAAGAAGUCUUUUGGGUUCACGGUGGAGUUUAGGUAUCCCAAGGUGGAGGAGCUUCUCCGCGACAUCAGCAGCGGAGCGGCUUUGAAGGAUUUGAAAUGA